AAGAGUUGUUAGGGCUUUACAGCUGAUUUUGAUGGAAACUAUGGACCACAAUAUAUAAACUAUAUAUACUAAUAAUAGCAGUUUAGAUCUCUAUAAUCUAAAUGUUCUUUUUUGCUACUUGUGAACUCUCUCCUCUUUUUUUAGUAGUUAGAUAUUAUGUUAAAUACCUUGAGCAUGUCUAAAGUUAUUCUUAGAUUACACCACGUUCAGUAUUCACGUUAAACAAACAUGCCUAUGAGUAUAUGUAUUUAAAUAGAUUUUUUUUAAACAUCUAAACUCAAUUAAAAAGUAAUAUCCAAAGUUCAAAAAGAACAAGUAAGAAAGAGAAAUAGAAAACAUAAACAAAGCACAAACACCAGAAAUAGAUAUUUAAAGUAUUAUUAUAAAUAAAAGGAAAAAUCAUCAUAUCAUAAGUAAAGUAUUUUCUAAAAAGAAAUCCGACCUGCCGGAAUCGAACCAGCGACCUAAAGAUUACAGCAACAACUACAGUCUUCCGCUCUACCAACUGAGCUAAGGUCGGUUUUGGUUAUCUUUUAUGUCAUCGUACACAAGAUAACUAUGUCACCCUUUCGUCAAAUAUGUGUCCGAAGCAGUACACUAACACGACCUCUCUCACCACCGACCGAUGCAUCUCCGUCACAAGUCACAUCCUCCAUGCCGCUAAAGCCUAAGGUUCAACCCACGUUCUGAGACUUCGUCCGAGACUCCUCCUACAUGUAAAUAUUCAUUAGCUUUCGUCCUCUCAUUAGCCUUAAGGUCUUCCUAUGUGGACAUAUCUCAGUUCCCCCUGUUCCUACCUGUUUAAAUCUUGUUGCUUUACUCCAAUGUUACUUCUUCAUCUUCUUGUAGAAGUUAUGGAGAAUCUGAGUCAUAAGAAUGACUUAAACUCUUACUGUCAGAGACUAAACACACCACUUCCAGUUUAUAACACUACAUUCGCAUGUACCGUUUCUGUCGGCGGAAAGACCUUUACCUCCUCCUCGAGUACAUUCACGAACCGUAGAUCAGCAGAGCAAGAUGCUGCUAAGCUUGCAUUACAAUAUCUACUCAAUGAGGAUACAUCUCCUACUACAAAUCUCCGCAAGCUCGUAUGUCAGGACAAAACACGUUGCAAGAUGAUAUUAAAUGAGUUUAUUGACAAGAUAGAGAUGGAAUGUGUAUAUGAGACAGUUCAAGUUGAAAUGGGUCAUGUGUUUGUUUCCUCUUUGGUACUAAACGGCACAUGUUAUAAAGGUGAAUGUGGUAAGAAUAAGAAAGAAGCUGAGCCACUAGCUGCACUUGCUGCUAUCCUCUCCCUUUUAGGUAACCACCUUUAUAUUCUCUUAAACAUCAAGAGACCAAUGGGACAUUUAUUUAUUUUUGUAUGUUUCAGUUUUAUUGACUAAUGAAUACUGUUAAAAAUGCUAUUAGAUGAUCCUACAUAUGCAACACAUAUUUCUGAGUUUAUCAACUCCAAGUUUAGUGCUUGUGAUUGUUCUGUCACCAGCAACGAGUUCAAGGCUACCACUUCUGAUGGUGAUGUAAUGCGCCCCUUACUCAGCAGGCCUUAUCGAUAAACUUACAUGCUAAUAGUAUAGGGGAGCAAGGGGGUUCUGGAAUCUUGGUCAGGAAGAAGAAGCAAGAUUUAGUAAGUUCACUGCCUCAGAUAGAGAACCAAGUCACCAAAACUUCACUGCCUCAGAUAGAGAACCAAGUCACCUAAACUUCACUGCCUCAGACCGAGAAGCAAGGUUGUCAUGGAGUCUUGUUGGGUGAUACACAAUGUGUGACUGGUCACCUUUCCUGGAGCAGUCACUAUAUCAAGGUGUUCUUAUGUACCUCUGCCAAUAAGUUCACCAUUAGUCUCAGAACUAAAACAUUAAAUCAAGUUGCCAGAGGCAACAAAACUCCCUUCUAAUCAAAUCGGUCUUCCAAUAGAGCUUUUGCGUGUUCCAGCAGCAGCAGACGGUCCGGGUAGUGAUUCGAGCUCUUCUAGAAAGAGGGAAGAAGAAAAUGAAGGCAAACAAGAGAUUGCCUAGAACUCCACCAUUAAUUUCAGAACCAAAACCUGUAAUUAAGCAAAUUGGUGUUCCAAGAGAGUGCCUGUUCCAGCAGCAGCGCACAAUCCUGGUAAAGAUUCGACCUCUUCUAAAAAGAGAAGAAAGAAGAACAACCAGAAGGCAAACAAGAGAAGGCGAGUUGAGAACAAAUAAGUUGUGAUAGCUCACUUAUUUUCUUGAGAUGGUCUAAAAGUAAUGGUCUCUUAAUUAUGUAUGGCAGGCUUACAGGCUGUACUGAUCUUCAUUCAUAGUGUAACAUUCUGAAACUUAACUUUGGUUUGAUACUUCGGACUUAGCAAGAUCACUAACGUGAAGGAUAGUGACAAAUGCUGGUGUUGGUUAAUAUUAGGUAUGGAAUUGGAGAUCUCUAUGAAAUGUUCUGGUUACGUAAGAUUGUAACUGCUGUGUUGUUAGCUUACGAGUUCAGAAUGUCAUGUAUUGUGUUCUUUUGUACUUUAAUUUUAUUAUCCGACAAAUAAUAUAACUUUUUCAAACGAAUCAUUUCAUCACACGCCAGAGUCAAGAUUGCUUUCCAACGUGCUCGCACAUUAUUACAGUGUGAGUAUUGCGACGUAUGAAUCCACAUUAGGCUCAUGCAUCUAAAGACUCCUACUGUUUUUUUCUGAUGGUUUUGGAUGUUCAUUCACCAUUCACUUCAUCUUCAUUAUAGACUUAUUGUUGGUGACUGAUGGAAAUCAUGAAACUGCAGCUGGAAAAGGAACGAGUUAGUGACAUUGUGUUGUUAUAGAAACGAUUUACAAUUUUCAACUUAAAUUUUUGUUUUAGUCGUCAUCAAUGCUAUUUUCUUGAUUUAAUAAUUUUGUAAUAUUAUUUUACAAAUUUAUUUAAGUUUGUGAAAAGUAUCUCAAACUCCGCCAUUAUUAUUCCUUUUCCAUCUUUAGUGAUCACAUCUCCACUGUUUUAGCCGAUCAGAUCCAAUUAUUCGAAAUCUUUUGAGCUCAUUCUCUUUGGUUUACACUUGAGAAUGUCAUUACCAACUCACAUGUGACUUUAAAUCCAAUAAUUCGUUAUGCUUUUGACUGUCCAAAUUAUUCUUUGAUUAUUUAUUCACUAUGGUUUUACCCAAUUUCUUUUUGAUUUAUACUUAGUCAUUAGUCAUGUGUUGCCACGUGUUGGUAUCCUAUUCCUAACGAUAUCGAAAUGUUAAUUUUCUAGUGGCCAGGACUCGAUUUCCGAUAGUUUCACCGUAUUGAACUGUUUGUCCUCAAGUUAAUCACCACCAUGCCACAAGUCCUGGUUUGUUUUGCCCAAUAUCAUUUUAUACUUACAAAGUUUCUUCAAAAUCAUCAGUGUUUUAUAAGUUUUCGUAGCAGUGCUCACUAAUCCAUUAUCCAACAAUCAACAUGCGUCGACGAUGAAGCGACAUAGUUAACGGUUAAUUAUUUUUCGAGUAUUCAUAAGUAAUUGCCUAAAACGGUAAUUUGGCAACAACAAAAAAUUUGUCUAAAACAAUAACAAUUUGAACAUGUUUACGUGCAUUUUUGCCGCGCAGGUGGAGGAGAUCAUGAGAUUUUGUUAUAAUGAUGAAAAAAUAAAAGAUUGUCAUUCCACCCUCUUUACAAUAUUCUUUUCCAGAAAAAAAAGAUGUAUCUAAACUUCUCAUGUUAUAGUACUCUGUAUUUCAAAUCAGAAUAAAGAUAUGGCAACCCUAUAUAUAUAUAUAUAUUUUUUUUUUUUUGAAAGAAUGCAACCCUAUUUUCUAAAAGAACUAGAAGAAAAAUUCGGUGAUUAUUAUACUGAUCUCCUUUCUCCAUUAUAAUCAACUUUGAUGCUGAGAGCGAAGCCAGUAGCAAGAUAAUCCCUUUGUUAUUAAAGGAGGAUCAUUGAUAAAAAUAAACCUUGACCUCAUGUGUUUAUUACAUGAGUGCCAUUUCUUAGGUGUCAUCACCACAUGCACUCUCACCAACUUUUUUUAAAAACCCUUUCUCAACUAGAAUAAUUACAAACAAAUGCCACUGGUCAUUACAUUAUACUAUAUGGUUUUCGGAUUUCAAAAAUAACUUUCGGAUUAUGUUUGUGGUAAGUCAUUAAUGCUUGAUUAAAUUUGGAUUCCAAAAAAAAAAACGGAGAUUUAACUAAGGCAGCAUAUUAACUCCUUCCUAAGAGAGACUUUAUGGUAUGUUCGAAAAUUUGGAAGUGUUUCAUUUAAAUAAGGCAACAAAAUACGGUUUGAUUGUGAGGCGAUGAUCAUGUGGUAAGUCAUUUACGCUUGAGUACAAUAUUUGAUUCUUUAAACGUGCUACAACUAAGUUAUUUACGGUUUGAAUUGAUUAUUUUAACAUACACGAAAGUUCAUAUCAUAACCUGUACGAAUGUUCAUAUCUAAUCUUGCAACAAAUAAAUCAUGUUUAUCAUAGUACUAAUAUCAAAUUGUUUAUCAUAAUGUUUAUAUCAUAACCUGUACGAAUGUUCAUAUCAAAUCGUUUUAUGAUAUUUUUGAUCCAGUUCAUCGAAAAUAACCAAUUAUGAUAAACACUUAAUGCUUCAAAAUGUUAAGGAAACACAGUUGAAUUGUUAAUGUAUUUAAGGAAACAAAAUUCAAAGAAUUGAAAUACUUUUCUUAAACGAUCGGAGAAUAUUUCUGAAAUAUAUUUUGCGUGACCAAGAGUGAUUUUUCUUACCUAUUUCACGUCCACACAUCACGCAAUUUAUAAAACAGGCAAGUUGUAUAUACGGUAUUAAUUUCCCAUCAUUAAUAUCGGUUUCAGAAAUAGACUUUGGCGAGGAAAUACAGACAUAGUAUUAUGUGUUUUACAGUGUUGGCAAAUUAAUUGGGGACAAGGUAAUCUAUUGUAUUUAUUGUAUAUACAAUAUAUAAUGAAAUGCUGAUAUUAUAUGUAUAUUUUGCUAAUAUUUUUCAUAUUUUAUAAUAAGGCCGACUUAAGAAGGUUACUAACAUUGAUGGGUUUUCCAAAAUUAUCUUCGAUUCCACUGGUGUUCCAGAAAUUGAUGUUUUACGAUUGAGGUAAUACAUGCAUUCACAUAUUUUGUUAAAUAAUGUUUUUAAUUUCUCAAGAUGAUCUCUUUGCUAUUGCUCAUAAUAGGAUUGCAAACGAAGACUUCUGAAGGCAUUAUUGACAAUAGUUAUUUUGUCUCUAUUUUUUAUUUUUUUUUGUUUUCUUAUACAUUGUUCCUUUUAUAUUUUAUUAGACUAUUGCUUAUGUUUCAUUUAAUAAUAUAUUUAUAAUUUACCCGCAUGCAAACAAAUAUACAAUUUAAUUUUAAAGUCCAUCGCAUAUAAAUUUAUAUUGACAUACUAAAAUUCUUAGCUAUAAUCCGUACUUUCUUACAUAUAAUUUUCUUACUAUGACUUUAACUUUUAUUAUGUCUAUAUAUUAAAAGUUAUAAUACUUUAAAAAAAAUUUCGCUCCGCGCAGGGUGCGGAUUAUCACCUAGUAUGCAUUAUAAUAAGAACAUGUUGUAGCUUUAACUGAAGCGUCACAUGUGAGCUUGUGCAAAGAAAAGUACCUCCUUAAAGAUGUAGGUUUUUGUAUAUUAUAUAGUAAUGUUCUUUAGCCAAAAAUAAAAUAAAAUGAAUCAGAAAGGAAAUAAGAAUAACUGAGAGAAUAUAACUGAUUGAAAGAAUAAAAUCAUAAUUCUAAAUCAUAUGCUUUCUGAAUAAAAUUUUAUUCAAGGAAUCCCCCUUAAGUGAUAUUUUGGAAUAAACCAUGUUUACACAACUUAAAUCUUCUCCUAAGUUUUUGGAAAUUCAUUUUACGACCAAAUAAAUCAAUCUGGAUUUUGAUAUGUAAUCCAAUAAAUUCUCUUAUUUGGCCAAUUUUUAACCAUAAAAUACUUAGCUAAUUACACACAAAUUUUCAAUUUUAAAUAUCCCAAUAUUUCAAUAAUAGUCACAAAUGUUAAAGGAUAUCUAAGAUUUGACGUUUUGUAUUUUUUCUUUGAUUUGAAAAGUCCUUGAGAAAUUUUCAAAACCUUAUAGUUUAUAUAGAUAUAUAUAAUACUAAACUUCAACUUAAUACUAUUCCAAAUAACACGUAACUGAGGAACAUGUAGAAGUAAUUUACUAAUUUGAAUAUGGUAAUACUAAUCCAAUAAUAAGCCGUUAAAUAUAUGGACAGGUCAACUUUUUUUUUUGUCGCUGUCCAUAUUACCAAUGCGACCAGAGAAUCAACAUUUAGCACAAUGACUUUUCUUUUUUGUUAUGGUUGAAUAUACUCCGUCCGUUUUAUUUUAAUUGGCUUUCUAAGUUUACGUAUACAAAUUAAUAAAACAUAUGAUUUUAUAUAUUUUCAAAAUAAAAAUGCAGUUACCUAUAUAUCUAAUAUUUCAACAAAUAGAAAAAUAAAGUGAAAAAUUUUAUUAAUAAAUUUUACAUUAAAACUUUAAAAGAACUUGAAACAAAAAAAAUUGCAAUUAAAUCGAAAGGAAAAAGUAUAACCACGUUUAUCCUGUUAAUGAAAAGCUAAAACCAAAUUUAUUUUAAUUCAUUAGUAUGACUCUGAUUUCGAGGAAGGUAUGGUGUUUGACGAUAAAGCUCCUUUGAGAAUAAUAAUAUAUAUAUAUUCCAUUAAAAACUACUUAUAUGUUUUAAUUUUGCUAACUCUGGAGCUGAGAACUCAAAAACACUCACAAAAUGAAAAACUCUCUAGCGUGCAAGCUCCUGUUCUUAGUUCUGAAUAUAGCUUGUAGGAUCAAGACACAAGUGAAAUGCUUGGAGUUCGAUUUCCCUACGUUUGAAGCAAGCAAUGACUCAUACUUGAUUAGAGUCAACUCAUACAUCGUCCUUGGAGCGAUCCAAGUGACUCCUGAUACCCGUGGCGGCUCCCUCACGAACCAUGCAGGCCGCGCUCUCUACAAUAAGCCUUUCAAGCUAUGGAACAAAGACAAGAAAGCUACGUUCAACACCACUUUCGUCAUCAACAUCUCCAACCAAACCGACCCUGGAGGCGAAGGCUUAGCGUUUGUUCUCACACCGGAGACGACCGCUCCUCAGAACAGCUCGGGUAUGUGGCUAGGUCUGGUCAACGAGACAACAAACAGAACUCUCGGGUCAAAGAUCGUUGCGGUUGAGUUCGACACAAGGAAGAGCCACCCGGAUGAUCUUGAUGGAAACCAUGUGGCUCUAAACGUGAAUAACAUCAACUCUGUUGUUCAAGAAUCCUUGACCGGACGAGGAAUCAAGAUCGAUUCUGGUGUGGACUUUACCGCGCAUGUGCGGUAUGAUGGUAACAAUCUAUCGGUUUAUGUCUCAAGAAACAACUCGGAGGUAUAUAAUCAACGAAACUUAGUGUUCUCUAGGGCUAUAGAUCUCUCAGCUUCUCUUCCAGAGACGGUUUACGUUGGAUUCACGGCAUCAACAAGCAAUUACACGGAGCUGAACUGUGUCCGGUCAUGGAGUUUUGAAGGUCUACAGAUAGAUGGAGAUGAAAGCAAGUUAUGGGUUUGGAUUAUUGUCCCUAUUGUGUGUCUUGUUGUAAUAGGAGCUAUCUUAGGGUUACUGUUCUUGAGAUCUAGGUCAAGGGCAGGGGAAACAAGCCCUGAUAUAGAAGCUGAGCUAGAUAACUGCGCGACGAACCCUCAGAAGUUCAAGCUGAGAGAGCUGAAGAGAGCAACAGGGAACUUCAGCCACGAGAACAAACUCGGACAAGGCGGGUUUGGGAUGGUGUUUAAGGGGAAGUGGGAGGGUAGAGACAUAGCUGUGAAGCGAGUCUCCGAGAAAUCUCAUCAAGGGAAGCAAGAGUUCAUAUCCGAGAUCACGACAAUCGGUAGCCUGAACCACAGGAACCUGGUGAAGCUGUUGGGAUGGUGCUACGAGAGGAAGGAGUAUCUUCUUGUUUACGAGUACAUGCCUAACGGAAGCUUGGAUAAAUACAUUUUCUUGCAAGGCAAGUCAAGAUCAAACCUAACUUGGGAGACAAGGAAGAACAUUAUAAGAGGGCUAUCACAAGCUUUGGAGUAUCUUCACAACGGAUGCGACAAGAGGAUACUUCACAGAGACAUCAAAGCGAGCAACGUGAUGCUAGACUCAGAUUUCAACGCGAAGCUCGGCGAUUUCGGGCUUGCAAGGAUGAUACAACAAAGCGAGAUGACGCACCAUUCGACAAAGGAGAUCGCUGGAACGCCAGGGUACAUGGCUCCAGAGACUUUCCUCAACGGGAGAGCGACUGUUGAGACAGACGUCUAUGCCUUCGGAGUUCUAAUGCUUGAAGUAGUCUCUGGCAAGAAACCGAGUUACGUGUUGGACAAGGAGAACCAGAGCAAUUACAACAACAGCAUUGUGAACUGGCUGUGGGAGCUAUACAGAAAUGGAAACAUUAUGGAUGCAGCUGAUCCGAGAAUGGGAAGUUCGUUUAAUGUAGAUGAGAUGAAGAGCGUUUUGCUCUUAGGACUAGCUUGUUGCCACCCGAACCCGAACCAAAGACCGUCCAUGAAAACGGUCUUGAAGGUCUUGACGGGUGAGACCAGCCCACCAGAUGUGCCUACAGAGAGACCAGCUUUCGUGUGGCCAGCCAUGCCACCAUCGUUUAGUGACGUUGACUACUCUCUUACAGGGAGUCAGAUUAAUUCAGUCACUGAGCUAACUGGCCGGUGAUACUAGUUUGUUCAUCAAGAAUUCAUUUUAUUUUCCUACUCAUCUAAAUAGUGUAUUUUUGAAUCACGCUUUUCAAUUCAUCCAUUUGAAAACAUAUACUAUGAAAGUAUAUUUUGGAAUAUUUAUUAACUACAUGUUGUAACUACGGGAGUAAAAUAUAUAAUAAAUGUAAAAAAAAAACACUUUCUUUUAAGAGAAGAAGAGACUGAACUUGGAAGGUCCAACGGUAUGAGAGAAACCUUUAAUAGAUAGCUCAGGAACAGUAGCUUUCUCCACCAUAAGAAGCUCAUUGUCUAUGAAUAUCACAGCCACCGUUAUAUCAUCAUGAAAGAAUCUCCUAACUCCUCUCUCCACUUUCUUCAAAUCAUCGUACAUCAUCCCUUUCUUCUUCGCCGCUAUGUUCAUUGCUCUUCUCACCAGCAUUCUCGCUAUUCCCUGUGUGUUUCUUACAUCAGUACUGUGAUUCACAAAAUAUAAAGCAAUAUAUUCUAACAUUCUAAAUCUUUCUUUAAAGAGACGUACGGGACGAGGAUGUUUAUGCACUAUCUCUACAGCUUGCUGGUUGCUCACGUGCUCCCAGAGUCCAUCUGAUGCGAAUAUCACAAACUUAUCGCUUGUUUGUAAGACUCUUGUGUAGACGCAAGGCUCUGCUGAUAGAACCGGUCUUUGUAGCCCUUCAGGGAGAUGGAAUCGUGGAAACGAAGGACCAAGAGAGAACUCUGGGCGCUUCAGGUACGCAUCCCCUAUUGAUCUAGAUACCUGCACCAAAUGGAACAUAUAAGCCAUGUAUUGCCUGAUUUGAGAUUUUGAGGUAAACAUUUACAAAAAAA